ACGAAAUCUUCGGACUGUUUGAGGGAACGAUCGCGUCCUACAAGGAGCAACUUUGUCGAGCGAGGGAGGAGAACGAGCGACACCGACGACAACUGGAAGCCGUUUACAAGACUCAAAUUGUACGCAUCGAAGAUUGGAGUCACAAAAAUGUCCGCACGACUGUUAAAAGUGACACAUGAUGGCUAAAAAGACUUUGGAAAGUUAUCAGUCCUAAUUAGAUGUUGUUUCAAGAAACCGUUACGACAAGAACUGUGCAUUGAUGGACAAUAUCGACACAUAUGCCUUGGAGAAACACAAACGGAGCGCACAACUGUGGGCGUCGGUAACCUAUCAAGACAUCGUCCACUAUCUCCUCUUCUCGACAAGCGCUUAUACCGUGGACCAACUAAAGAAUUACAAAGGUCUGGAGGCCUACAACCGAUUCAUCAAUAGCUGGGUUCGUCAUCUAUUGUAAGCAACAUGUGUCUCCACACUGCUAAGACGUCGACCAGCUGAUUGAUCGCCAGGAGGAACACGCCCCAGAGCCGGAGUGGGGGAGGUCCAGUUUGAUGAAAGAAUAUCCAGAGCCCAUCCUCGUGAAAGAGGAAGAAGAGGAGGCUGGUGUCUGCAAGUCGCCACUGAAUGGUGUCUCCAUGUAUAGUGAAGGCUAUAAAGACCAACCAGCUAAAUGGUCAAAAUUUCAUCAUCGCAGUCCAAGUGGUGACCACCCUGGAGGACCACCACCAGAUGAUCUCUUAGCUCUUCUGUCACACAGUUACAAAGAAGAACCCACGAGCAGCGAGGCAGGGUUUAAAGACGUCCAGCAGCUGAUUGCUCGCCAGGAAGAACUUUCCCCUCGGCCGCUGUGGGGGAUCUCCAGUAUGGAGCUGAAGCAUCGACAGCGCCCCCACUUUGAAGAGGAAAAUGAGGAGGCUGAUUUGAGCAAAUUGCCACUUGCUGGUGGCUCUGUGAAGAGCGAAGAAAAGGAAGACGUACAACCCGAGUGGUCACAGCUCAGUCAUCACAGUCCAAGUGGAGACGGCCGUGGGGGGCCACCACAAGACAGCCUCUUUGCGCCAAUGUCAGACAGCGACGACACAGCAGAGCCUUUCAAGAGCGACGCACACUGCGAAGGUGAUGACAACCAGUCAAAUCGUUCUAAAAAUGAGACAAGUCGUAACGGGAAAAGUUCUCAAAAACGGCAGAAAUGCAACAUGCUGAAAGACUAUUUCAGCUGCUCAGUUUGUGGCAAAGGUUUUACUUGUUACUCGCAUUGGAUCAGACACAAGCACACACACACGGGAGAAAAAUCAUUUUGUUGCUCAGUUUGUGGGAAAACAUUCUCUCGAAAGGAACAUAUGGAAUUGCACAUGAGAACGCACACAGGAGAGAAACCCUUUCGUUGCUCGAUUUGUGGCACAAGAUUCACUGUAAAACAAAGUAUGAAAAAACACAUGAGAACCCACACGGGAGAAAAACCCUUUAGUUGCUCAUUUUGCGGAGCAAAGUUUUCAAGAGGUGAAAGUCUGGAAAAACACGUGAGAGUACACACAGGAGAAAAACCAUUUAGUUGUUCAGUUUGUGGUGGACGCUUUGCUCAGAGGUCCAAUAUGACUAGACACAUGCAGAUACAUAAAAAGAAGUAAAUUAUUACUGUAGUGCCCCACAGAACUGCGGCACCCAAAGCAGAUCACAUUGUUUUUAUUUAAUUGUAUUAUUCUGAAGUGUUUUGAAUGCUCUGUUUUGCCGUGCAGUAGUCUACAAAUCAUUGUACAAGUGAUUGAUUAUCAAGGUCAUCUUUAUUCAAUUUCCUUAUCUGCACCAGUAAUUAUUUAAGGCCUCUCUUUACUCCCGUGCGCAGUUUGCCUUUAUACUCAAGUGCAACCUGUGCUCACAGUCUUGAAAAUGUGCACGGCAGGCGACGCAUAAGCUAUGCAGAUGAGUAGCGCGGGGCAAUGUGUAGGGCAAGUGAUGCAAUGUGGCCGUUGUUGAGCACAGGACUAUAAAGAGGCCUCAGUUGCUGUUGUGCUUUGGGCUUCAUACAGACUUCAAGGGCCAUCUUCGAGCCCUGCCGGCCAGAUAUGGUCCGAUUUUUCCUGGACUUCCGUUUAUGUUGCUUUCCUAUAUGAGUGUUAUUUUUAUUUGAAUUGUGUGAUGUAAUUUUGCGUCCUAGUUGACAAAUGGCUAUGUUAGAAUGUAGUGGCAGCAAAGCAUUAUUUUAGUUUUGAAUGCUGAUACUGUGUAAGUCUGCUUAAAAAGCAGGCACCACAUUAGUUCUGUUAAUGCAUGCGCCUUGGAUACCAUCCAUCUAUUUUCUGAGUUAGUCAUCCUCACAAGGGUCUUGGGAGUGCCGGAGCUAAUCCCAGCUAUCUACAGGUGACAGGCAGGGCACACCCUGAACUGGUUCCCAGCCAAUCGCAGGGCACAUGGAAACAACCAACCAUUCACACUGGUGCGAUUUCCAAUCUUCAAUUACCCUCCCAAUGUAUGUUUUUGAGGAUGUGGGAUGAAACCAAAGUGCCUGGAGAAAACCCCACACUGGCACAGGGAGAACAUGCAAAGUGCACAGGCGGUGCCGGGAUUUGAACCCAGGUCCUUGGAACUGUGAGGCCGAUACCAUCUGUCUGAAACUAUGAAGGCCUUCUCACGUUGCAGUUUCUGCAGUAUGAAACGCGCCUGCAUAAAAAGUACAGCAACGGGUAUGCGGCCAUCCCAUAUUUUGAAGUGGUAACGUCACAGUCCAGAAGGAAGUCGGGAGGCUUUUGCCGUUGAAUGGACUGCAACUCUGUAAUAUAAAUGUCGUUGUUGGAAAAACAAGGUGUAAUUUUGUGAGUUUUACUAGGGAGUUUGAAAGCCUCCUGCACAGACAACCCUGUAUCAUUU